UUUGUCGGAAGUUGCGGUGGUUGCGGUAUCCAUGCGGUAGGCAAGUAGUUUGCUACUUUAAACGGUGACUGUGGUUUUGUUAUGUAUGUAUAUAUAUAAAAUAGAGCUGGACAUUAUGGUCCGCCGCUUAUCAGCAAAUGUCAAGACGCUGUGCUCUAACAACAAGAGCUGUUGCCAACUGACUUGAAGGAUGUAGCCCCAGUUGCAAUGGCUGCCCCCUCUGAGGAGAGAGGCAGUAGCAGCUCCUCUCAGGGCUGUGGAGUUGGCCGAUCGGCACAGGCUUGGCUCUCCCGAGCCAUUCAGAGCCUGAGUCCUAAGCUUGCUCGUAAGUUUCAACAAGGCCCCAGCUCAGGUACAGCUCGUCGAGCCUCCUGUAGUCGAGCCCCUUCUUCUGAGUCCCUGCUGAAGGUUCCGCCUGCCCAGAAGAAGCGAACUGGAAGUGCGACACGACCGAGCUCAUUGCCGUCAGGUGAAUCAAAACGAACUAGUGGAGUUUCUAAACAGCGGAGAUGCAGGGCACUGACUGCACCAAUAGCAGACCCUCUUCCUUCUUCAUGCGCUAGUGGGCCUGACAAGCAGCACUCAGGAUCACUUGAUGCCACUUCUGCUGCUGGCCCUGUGGCAUCAGACUCUUGUGGCGAAGCUACGUGUCCUAAUGCACUAAGUGCUGAAGAUAGCAGGUCGGAGGCAUAUGGUGUAGUACGUCUACGUGAAGUUCUGGCAGUGCUGCGGAGUGACAUCAGCUCAGAAGAGAAGCUGGUGGCCAUCAAGCGUGGUCAUGAUCGUUGGUUGGCAGUAGGCUCGUCCAUGGGUGAUGUGUCAAAGCCGCGUCCUGGGUCUCAGCAGGGUGCCGAGAGCCAGCAUGCACGGCGCAGCCUUCACAAGCUUCAGGACAUGAAGCAGUUGGGUCCCAUUCUGGAAUUCCCCAAGGAUCUUUCCAGAACUGCCUGCAAAGUUGUAACAGUUGACAUGUCUUUGGUGGAACGAACGAGUCAGAAGAAAGGGAUAAAGACAGGAGCAGAGACACCACCAAAGUCACCAACAUCUGUACAAGAGUGGGUGAAUUCACUUCCGGCUGAUGAGCCAGAUAAGGAGGAGUCAAGCAACAUACAGCCAGUUGAACUGGCAUCUAUGUUGCACCAGGAUAGUGGCUAUCAGAGCCAUAUGGAAUGCCCUAUGCUGGAAGCUCCUGUCAGUGAGGCACAGGAUGACAACCUUAGCCUCGGUGCCGAGGCUCGAACAAUGGAUAAUGCAACCUUACUACAGCCCAAGUCGGUCAAGUCAAGUUCAGGGAAGGCAAUGUUGGCAGAUCUGCGAAGCAAACAGAGCAGCUUCAACUCUGAAACUUCUGGGUUCUCAACUAUAUCAAGCAUGUCCAGCGUUGAGUCCUUGCUUGAAGCCCGUCGUGAAGAUCCUGAAGAACUUCUCCUUGCGCUUGGGUUUGGUGGACCUGUGCGGGACGAGAACCCAGUCUCGCGCAUUCCCGAGCGCUUCUUGGCACAACCGUCACAAGCUCGUGGCGUUGAUAUGCGUCGUUUUGUCACCCACCAGGAGCAGCUGAGCCAGCGACAUGAAGCCGGCCUUCCAGCUCCAGUGCAUCAUUCCAGUCCACCAUCUGCAAUCAGCUCCAAGAUUAUUGAAGCGAUGGAGCAAAACCAAAAGACUCGAUCUUUUGCUGCCACCGCAAAGUUGGCGCGAACCAGCAGCCUUUUGCUUAGCAGUGCUAGCAGAGGAAGCUCUGACAGCAUUUUGGAGCCAGCUAAUCGAGAGUUUCUAGAGCGACAGGGCAUCGAAGACAAAAUGCCUGGCCACAAGAGGCUUGUCUUGGGGCACCAGACUUUCAGCUUUGAUCUUGAAUCGGGCCUUAUGCUUCUCACAUCUGAACGCCGUCGCAUGCGGUGGCGUUGGCGGCGUGCUGUGCGCAUCAUCCUUGACAAGAGACAGAGUGCACAUGUGGUCCCAUUAGGCAAAAUGCGAGGGGACUAUGAGCACCCCUUGGCAAGCGUGGAUGGCCCAUCUGCUGACUCAGGGCUCGGAGAGCUGAUCAGUGUUAAUGGUGGCAGUGUGGACUCUACUUCAUGUGACCCCUAUGCUGCUAGCAACAAUGGCCACAAAAACUUGUCUGAAAGGGAGCAAGUGUCAGUUGCUCCCAAUGAUGAAGGGGAUCUUGACAGUGUGCCCACAGAGCGUCACAAGAGGCCACUACUCUACAGGCAGUCAACCAUAACGGAGGAAGUUGCUUCGAGCCAGCCAGGAAAUCUCUUGGAUUCGAGCAAUCAAGAUGGUAGCGAGGAAUCGGGGGAACACACACUUACAGAGCUUUCGGAUUUGCAUCGAGCCCUACGAGAGUACAAAGCAAAGCACCUGCAGUGUGGGAGCUCGCUUGUUGGUCUGGUGCGAAAAACACAAGAAACAGCGCCUGACCUUGAAGCCAUUUGGCAGCUACGAGAAGCAAUAUCACAGGAAGUGAAACGAGCAGAUAGCAUGCUUUCCUCACAUGAGAUGGCAGCUUUGCUGUCUCAGCCUUGCACAGACUGUGUGAACUAUACUCUGCUGAAGGAAAAGUUGUCUGAGCUCCUGAGCCUGCAGAAAGAUUUGUGUUCUCGGAUUUCACAGAUUCUUGAACAAGGAGGUGAUUAGAGCUCCAAAGGGCACACAACAUGGUUGCUGCAUUUGUUCAUUUCGUUGCCUUUCAUUAUUUAGUGCAACCUAAGGGAGCAGGUGUUCCAUCUCUCUGCUUGUUUUGCCUUUUAGCAAGUUUUUCAAAUUUUCACUGACUAGUGGCAUAAGCAACUUACAUGUUAAUGUAAUGACGCUGCCCACAGUGUAUGUCUUGGCCUAGUCACUUUGUACGACUUACUACAAUUCCGUUGUCUCCAGAGGCAUCUCAAUCGCAUGCUGCUUAAAAUUUUUAAUGAUUGUAGUGUGAUUAUGUCUGCAUCUUUCAUGUGGUUUGGGCUAGUCAGUAUUCCUGCACAUGUGCACAAGCUUAGAGAUUUCAUAGUGCCCAAGCAUCAGUGCCUGUUUGUGAAUGGAUCACUAUAUUUUAACAUUUGCUUGUGAUAACAUUGCAUCUCAGCAGGUGUGAUUCAUUGGGGCCAGCCACAGCACUAGCAUUGUGCAUGUUGCUGUAAAGCAAGAUAUUUUCCACUACAGAUAUUUAUGCUUCCAGUAUUUAUAUUCGUUAUGUGCACAACAUGUUGUGGCUGUUAUAUAGUAGGAAUGAGCUCAUCACUUGUUUCUAGUACCUAGGUAUGUCACAGGCUUACAUUAUAAGUAUUCCCAGUGAAUUAUACUACAAUAGUUUUAGCUGUGGUGUGAAAGUCAGAGAAGUAUAUAUGAGAAGCUUUGCUGCAGAGCUUGAUGCAAGCACAAAUCUGUAGCACUCAUGGAACAGUUGUAAGGAGUGCAAUGUCUUCUUUCUAAAGUUAAGGCUGUCUUCGGCUUUGAUAUUUAGAGGACAGGGUAUACUGCAAGUGCCGAAUUCAUGUACAUGGUUUUCUUAUUGUUGUAUCUGUGUAGAAUUCUUAGCAUUGGUACCAUUUUUUUAGGAUGUAUGUUAUAUUUUGUGUAUAAAACUCAGUUUGAUGUCUAUAUGUAAAUGAAGUUUGUGUUGGUUGCAAGCUUUAGAAAGGACUUUGUGUUUUACUGUCAUUCCCUGAAGUUUGUUUUACAGUGUUGCAUUUAGUUGCACAUGCCGUGUAAAAGUAUAUCACCAAUUGCUAUGAGGUUUUAUGUUUCAAGGUUUAUAAGUGUGGUUUUUGUGGAGGCAAUAACUGAACUUCUUUUUUAUUUUUUUGGUUAAAUUUGGCAAAUCGUGUUCUUUGUACUUGCCAGUUUCUUCAGCAAGUAAGCAUUUCUCGUGCAGGAACCGAGAACAACACCAGCUAUGAGGUAGUCCUUUGAUGUUCUGCUUUUCCCAAUUCCAUACAUGAGAAUUUGAUUUGUACAAUAACUUACAUGCAUAAUUUACUGCCAUGUGAUGAUGCACAGCUGUUGUUUGCACUGAAUAAAAUGUGUUAGUUUGUGUAA